AUGAGUCCAUCUUCCGGUCCGGACUUCGAGAAGGGUGGUGAAGAUAAUACCUCACAAGAGGCCCAUAUCGAACAUGGCGGUCUGGAUGAUGGCGAGGGCCUCAGCGUGAAUGAGAGGGCCUUGAUUCGCAAAAUCGACUGGCGUCUACUCCCCAUUCUAGGGGCCUUGUAUGCAAUUGCACUGAUUGAUCGUGUCAAUAUAUCCAAUGCCCGCGUGGCAGGGAUGAAUGCGGAGCUGAAACUCCAUAUAGGCUCACGUUAUAACAUUGCUCUACUUGUUUUUUUCAUCCCUUACUUUAUUUUCGAGCUUCCUUCAAAUAUCGUCCUUCGAAAGGUUGGAAGCGCCAAUUGGCUUUCCUUUAUUGCCUUUGCGUGGGGAACAAUUAUGCUGGGACAGGGAUUCGUGCACAGCUGGCAAGCUCUUACAGCACUGCGUUUCAUCUUGGGGUUCUUCGAAUCUGGGUUCUUUCCAGGUUGUGUGUAUUUAAUUUCUUGUUGGUAUGUGAGGUAUGAGGUGCAGACACGCCUCGCUCAAUUCUACCUAUUUUCUGUUCUCGUUGGAGGCUUCUCGAGUAUUCUCGCAUUCGGCCUGAUGCAGAUGCAAGGAUUGCGGGGAUAUCUAGGCUGGCGGUGGAUUUUUAUUAUCGAGGGCCUUAUCACCCAAUUAGUAGGGAUCGCUUCGUGGUUCCUAAUCGUCGAUUUCCCAGACAAAGCUCAUGAGAAAAACCUCCUGACCGCACAAGAGGCUGAGUUUGUCAAACAACGCAUUGAAAAUGAUCGGGCUGAUGCUGUUCCUGACCCCCUAACUUGGGCAAAGCUUGGGAAGCAUUUGGCGGACCUGAAGCUGUGGGCUUUUGCUCUUAUGUUCAUGUCAAGUACAAUGCCUGCAUACGCCUUUGCCUAUUUCUCACCGACCAUCAUCCAGGGUAUGGGAUAUAGUGGCGGCAUUGCAAACCUCCUCUCCGCACCACCAGUCGUCUUCGCGGUGAUUACCGCGUACACCUUCGCUUUAAUAGGCGACAAAUACCACAUCCGCGUUCCCGUCAUCGUCGCACAAUGUGUCAUCGGCAUCGUCGGCCUCAUGAUCACCGCAUACCACCCAAAACCCGGUCCUCGCUACGUCGGCAUCUUCCUCGGCACUGCUGGGUGCCAGGGGAACAUUCCAGCUAUCCUAGCUUACCAAUCCAAUAACAUCCGCAUGCAAUCUAAGAGAUCCGUAGGGAGUGCACUGCAGAUUGGAUUUGGUGCCAUCGGGGGCAUUCUUGCGUCGACCACUUUCCGCGAAGUAGAUGCCCCUAAGUAUGUCCCUGGCUUGUGGAUUACGACUGGGUUGCAAUUCCUCAUCCUGGGAUUAGUGACUUGCACAACAGUUCACUUCUGGCGGAGAAACAAGCAGGUCGAUGAAGGGACGGCGACGAAGCUGAUCGAAGGUCUUGCAGGGUUUAAGUAUACGCUUUAA